CCUCGCGACAAUCUGUCCCCCUGUCGAACUGCGACGAGCCAAUCACAGGCGGCCACUGGCCCCCUGCAGGAAGCUGCAGUCCCUGCGCGUAAAGAAAGGAGGAGAAGCAGCAAGCGCAACAGUUGGCUUCUGACACAUAACUUCAAAGUCUGGAAACUAGCGCGACCUGGAGGCACCGGGAACAGACCGACAGCUCCGGGGACAGAUCGACCACACUGGGGACAGACCGACAACACAGGGAACCGACCGACCAAACUGGGGACAGACCGACCGGGACACCUGAGGGGAAUCCACGCGCAUUGGGAACUCGAAGGAGGAGAAGGUCCCAGAUGUCCGAGUGCAGGCCACUAGCCCGUUGUGGGACGCAGUAGGACCACCAGAGUUUUAGUCCAGGCGCUCCUCGGUACUUGCUGGAGCGCUGUCGGGCGGCGGAGGAUUCGCGGUUCAUGACAGCGGAGGUUGACGGCUCUCCUCAUGCAGUUCCAUCAUUCAACGUCCACCACCAUGAGCGCGCCUCUUUACGCGCCGACACCUGUCCACCUGACGCCGCCGACGCCUUUCUACAUCGAGGACAUCCUUGGCCGGAGCGGCGCGCCGCCCGCCGCCUCUCAUUCCGCGUCGGCGCCGGGCUCUUCCUCCACGGCCCCGCUCCUCGUGCCCACGCCGACCCUCCCGUCCCCCAACUCGUCCUUCACCAGUUUGAUCACGGCCUACCGCACGCCGAUCUACGAGCCGACCCCUCUCCACCACCAUGCCUUCCAGCACCACACUGCGGCGGCGCUCAACGCGUCUUACGCCUCCAUCUACCCGUUCCACGCGCACCCGCACAGCCGCUCCAUGGGGGACUAUGCCCACGCGCUGUUCCGGCACGACCCCAUGGGGAAGCCACUGCUCUGGCCCCCGUUCAUCCAGCGGCCCCUGCACAAGAGGAAAGGCGGCCAGGUCCGCUUCUCCAACGACCAGACCAUCGAGCUGGAGAAGAAGUUCGAGACCCAGAAGUACCUGUCACCCCCGGAGAGGAAGCGGCUGGCCAAGAUGCUGCAGCUCAGCGAGAGACAGGUUAAAACGUGGUUCCAAAACCGAAGAGCGAAGUGGCGGAGACUCAAGCAGGAGAACCCGCUGGCGGCUAAGAGGGACGCGGAAGACGAGGGUCCCGGGAGACCUAAAGGCCCUGAUGCAACCGUUGCCUCGAGUGUUUGCGGGGCGGUCCCGGGGAGCCCCCAGGGCCGCGGGCCCCGCUCGGCCGCCUCGCCGCUGUCACACCGAGACUCGGACUCAGACAUUUCCCACGAGACCGAUCUGGAGCUGGACAUUGAAGACCACGAAGAGGAUCACUUCCAGUCAAACCCUCCCCGCUGAGAGCGGGCGGACAGGAUUACUCUCUCAGGACCGAGCUGAAGACUUUCCUUGCUUCUUUUAUUCAGAGAAACAUACUCUAAAUAAUGAGUUGCUCCACAAUUGGCCUGAAAAAUAAAAUAUAAACCAAGGCCUGCUGAAGCCCCCUGGCUCGGUGGGAAUGUAUCUCGCAUGGCCCGUGUUCCGCAUUGACUUCAUAUGAAAUAUGAUUGAAUUGUUUCUAUGGUUUGAACGGGAGAGUCGAUAUUCACCGGAGACAACAUCUGGUCCAACAGACGCACUGGGACGUUAAAUCAUGAAAUUUGAUUUCUUCAUCACAAUUAGAAUAAGUUUCUUUCGCCCUAGACCUAAAGUUGUCUCGGCUGUGACUUAUUUGGCAGCGACAUCGGACGAGGUGUGUGCAGGCCUAUGUGUGUGUGUGUGUGUGUGUGUGUGUGUGUGUGUGUGUGUGUGUGUGUGUGUGUGUGUGUGUGUGUGUGUGUGUGUGUGUGUGUGUGUGUGUGUGUGUGUGUGUGUGUGUGCGUUGUGUUGUUUAUUUUGUAAAAAAAAAACAAAACGAUACGAUCAUAUUUUAUAAUCAAUAAAAGUAUUAAACAAAACAAGGAUUUCA